GAGCGGAUCAGAUGCGGAGAGCACAACCCAAUCAGCUCUGAUUUUUACAUGAUGUCAUGGUUGGCGUGGCCCGCCAAGCUUCUGACGUUUCGUCACUGGAGGGCUUGGAGGGGCAGCAGUAAUGCAGGGACUUGCCCCAGAACGAAUGUGUGAAGGGUUGACGAAACAGACUUCCAGGCUAUCCGUCAUCGCCACAGCUAGUUCAUCGGCCUUCGGCAGGAUUGGACGCAGACGACGGACACCAAGGCAAAGAACAAGAGUUCGCUAUUCGACGUCAGCUGAGAUUAGGAUAGGAUGAUCGACCGGCACGUCACGUCCGGGGACCCAGUUCUAUUAUGGCUCUGAUGUAUUAAUUCUUGCUCUUUCGCAACCAGUUUCUCACGGGGGCUUACUCUCUAGCAUUCAAUCACCCAUCACCACUCUACUGAACUCGUUCUAUUUAAGGAAAAACGCUUACAAUUCUGUCAUCAUGGGUGCUAAAGGUGGUCUCGCCCUCAAGUCCCUUCAAUGGUUCAUUCGAGGUAUCGAAUUUGGUUGUGCUGCCGUGGCUUUGGGAAUUUUUAGUUAUUUCCUGGCAGCGUUAACGAACAACGGUCUUGGCAUUCCCAUCUGGUCUAGAGCAGUUGAGGGUCUAUCCGGUUCCGCUGUGCUAUACACUCUUAUCGGACUACUUCUUUUGUGCUGCGUCGCUGGCCAUUCAGUCUUCUCUCUCAUUGCCAUUGUGUUGGACGUUUGCUUCAUCGGCGCCUUCAUCUACAUUGCUAUUGAGAACAGACACGGAGCCGGCUCUUGCCAAGGAAACGUCAACACUAUCUUCGGCUCGGGCAAUUCAGGCAGCCAGAUCACCGGUACUAGAGAUGGAUUCACAAGCCUACCUACCUUCCACCAGGCUUGUCAGUUGCACACUGCUGUCUUCGCCGUUUCUAUCAUAGCUGCUUUCUUCUUCCUCCUAUCUGCACUUGUGGAAUUCGCUCUUAUGCGUAACCACCGCAAGGAGAAGCGUUUUGGACCCAGCCCCGACAACAACUACACUUCUGGCUCCGGUCGCAAGAGCAGGUUUGGCAUGUUCGGCAAGAAGCGUGGCACCAACGCCACUACCAAUGACAACGCACUUCCCACUCACACCUCUCCUGACCAGAUCCGCCAAAGCUACAACACUGAAACCACCGCUGUUGGUCGUGACAGUACUGCGUUCAACAAGCACGGAGAAUCCGGUUACGCUCAUGAUGGUAUCGAUACAACUACCGGAGUUGCUGGAUAUAAUAACCAUCAGUCUAGUGGUUUGGCCCACAACAACGAGACUGUUCCCCAACAAACUGGAUACACUGGUCAUGCCGGUGGCAUUCCCGAGAUCUAUCACGGCAACGCCAAUGGUCACAGUUAUCCCGAUACUACAGGCCGAACUCACGCCGCAGUUAGCCACAACCAAGAUACUCCUGCUGGAUACCGCUACAAUGAUGGCACAUACACCGCUUAAGAUGGUGCUCCCUUAAUUAAGCGAAACAUCUCUCCUGACUUGAUUCGAAGAUUAUGGAGGCCAAAAUAUACAUAUAUAUGAGAUACCCGGGUAGUACUAGCACUGGGUACUGACCACGCUGGCUACUGCCACAUUUACGAGAUACACGAAGCAUGUACACUUUGUAAAAUUACACAUUGUGGUUUCAUUAAUGGUUAAUAAUAAGAAACUUUAACUCAA